GUGCGAAGGAAAAAUCCAAAAUCCUGGCGUUAUUUACGCGCAAGGAAAUCAGUUUCUUGUUAAAUGAGUGCCAUAAUCUUCUAGUUGACGAGGGGAUCUACUAAAUCACGAAGGAAAGAUGUCUACUGUGAGGUGUACCCUUCCCAUGCAGGCAGGCAUUUGUGAUAGUGGAGAGAAGGAGGAAGAUGAGGAUAAAAGCAGUGAUAAACAAAAGGGUCAUAAAGUGUGGACUUCUGAUGAUUCAGGUCAAAUGGAUAGUGGGUUAGAGACAGAUGUAGUACGCUCCGGCUCCUCAGAGGAUGUAGAACCAGAUGCUGCACCCUUUAGCCCAACGUCUGCUUUUGCUCCAACCAUUCCCAUCAAACUUCCUGCAAAAUUCUCUCAGUCUUUGUUAUCAACCAAAGAGAGCCCCAGUGAUGACAAAGAAGAUGACACAAGUGGAAUCCAACCUAGUGAUGAUGUCAACAGCUUAGAUUCUGGUAUACACUCAUUAAGUGUUUCUGACAUUGAUGAGAAAGACUUGCCUCUGAAAUUACGUAUUCCACAGUAUGAUGCCUUGCUGCUCUAUGAUGAAAGAGAUAAGACUGAUGCUUUGGAGUUGAGGGACAUACUGGAGACAGAUGACAAGUUACUUCUGAAAGAUAAAAGCCACAUAAAAAUUUGUACCACAGACGAUGAGGUUUUCUGUGAAAUCCAGUCUGACCUCCAGCAAAUUGAUACUGCAGUGGAAUGUAGCACUUUCAUACUGAUGUACAUGUCGGAACAUUUUGUUGGUGACAAAUGGCUAGAUUUACAAAGAGAUGAGAUAAUAAUGACUUGUAUUUCUGAAGAAGAGAAAAAAUGGUGUGUCAUUCCAUUGUGGACAGUCCCUAAGAGAAAAGCACCUUUCAAGAUUCCAUUUGGUUUGCGUUCAUUGAGGGGGAUUGACAUUGGAUCAAUAGACCAGUAUUUCUACAGGAGUGUGAAAAAUGUAUUUGAUGCUAAACUGUCUCAAAAGGAAAAACGCAGAAAGGCACUUGAAGAUGAAAAGCAGACUGUAAUUGAGAAGCUAAAGCAAAAAAAGCAACUGGCACAGAAACGUCUUGAAUUUGAAAGGGAAGAAGAACAGAAGCAACUUGAAAGUGAGAAAAAGUUAUUCUUUGCAAAACAACAGAAAGAAGCUCAAGAUGCUGAGCAUCACAGAAAGUUUGAAAUUUUAUAUCAGCAACUUCAAACAUCAAAACAAACACAAAACCAUUUACUACAGGAAGAAAUAUUAAGGCAAGAUAAAGAAAGACAACAAAAGAGGUACCAAAUCAGUAUGGAGAAAAUUCAGCAUGGUGAAAUAACAAUGAAAAAUCCUUCACAACAGCCUAUUCCACCAGAAAUGAUGGCCUAUCAAAUGCAGGGGCAGCCAUUUCUUCAGCAAUACCCAGUGAAUCAAGGUCAUGCUGGAUCACACAACAUGAAUUUCUAUGGACAUCCUCCUGUGCCACAGUACAGUUGGCCCUAUCCAGCACCACCUGGUCAUCCUUACUUUGGGGUUCCAGAACCAUUCCCGUAUCAUGGAUCACAUGGGCAGCCUUAUAUGGGACAGUCACAGCCAGUAUUGAAUCCUGGAUUGCAAGGGUAUGGAAUGCCUUCUCAACAGCCAGGGUACUCACAAUACUCAGGCAGACCCCAGAUGCUGGAGUCCCAAUUAAGCACAGUGAGCAUGUGUCCACCACCUCAGUCAAAUGAACAACAGUGUGAAAGGCAAGAAAUACAAAAUUCUUCACCAGCAGCCCAGUCAUCAACCCCUGUGUCAGCUACUAAAACCCCAGAUAACCAGACAGGUGGAGGUGGAGUGCAGAUGGGUCAUGGUGAUGAUCACCCAGUGGUCACUGCAUCACAUCAAACCAGUGUGUCCCAGCACAAUAACAUGGCUGCUGCCACUUCACAGGGUGAUAUCAUGGGUACAGAGAGACAUGAUGGUUCAGAUGUGGUGGCUGACUGUUCUCUUACACCUGUCACUUCAACAGGUGUCCUCUCAACAACUGCCACUGCUGGCUCCUUGACUUCAGUGGUGCCACCCCCCUUAUCUAUCACAAGAACCAACAGGGAGCCCACAGAGCAGGAAGAUGACAGCAUGGUAGAAUCCAGUGAGACAGGGAAUGGUGGAGAUGAGAAGCUUGAAGAUUCCACUGAAUUGCCUAUACAUAAAAUAUCCUCACCUUCCAAAGAAUACCGCCCACUGGCAAGAAACAGAAGACAAGGAGAAAGUGCCCAGUUUGUCAAAAGCAAGAAGAAAAUGGGGCUGGAUGAUGGAGAAAGAGAAAUAUGUGGUGUUGUGACAGGUGGCCCACAGACUGAAGUCAUGGGUGGAGAGUCAGCAAAUGCGGGCCAUCGUGGAGCCUCUCCAGUAGCUAGAAUGAAAAAAAGAGACCCUGGAGCUGAUCAUGAAGCCACUGGAAGUCACAGAAAAGGAGAAAAUUCUUCUUCAUAUGAAGAAUCUGAUGGCAAAUCAGGGCCACACUCCCACAGGAGUUCAAGAGUUGUGAAAGAGGUUCAUCACCACUAUUAUGGUGCACGACCUGAGACCACUUCUAAAGGUUCUGAGAGGCCUCCAGUAGCCCCUGCCCCUACACCAGCAGCAAUUCCCCCACAGCCCCCAACACAGAUUAUCAACAUUUAUAACUCUAGUGGGAUCCAGAUUGGGAAUCAUAACACUGCGGUGGUGGGACAAAGUCAAGAUGUCGUCACUGAUGGCCCAGAGUCACCACAGGAUGGCCAGUCAUCACCAAUACGACCACCAGAGGGCCCAGCUUCACCAGACAGUGUCAAUGAAUGGGACACCACUUUAGACAGAACUUCUGUACAGAAACCUAGCAGUAGCACUCCCUGCAAUAGUACAGUCCCUGGUCAAGUACGCACAACCAGCAGAGGUCCUAAUUUACCACCUUUACUUCCAGCUAAUGGCCUAUUAACAGAUAGAAACAACCAAGCACAGACACGUGAUCAAGACCGUAUAUUCCCUGGUCAGGAUAAUGUCAUAGCAUACCAUGACCAAGAAACUGGCAAGGCAAAAACGCCACACAGCAGUUUACUUUUUCAAGACAAUGAAGAAUCUACAUCAACCCAUGUCAGCCUCUCAGAUUCUGUCGUCCCCAGCAUACUACCAGUGGCGACUAAGACACCAGUAGCAACUGCAAAGCCAACCGUUAGAAUAAAACCUGUUGCUGCAGUCAGUCCUAUUAGACCACAGGUAACCCCUGGUAACAGCGGUGAUUUGAGUGAGACUGACCCUAAAUCAGUAUCACAUCAGGAUGACACAAUUCCCAAACAGCCAAUAGGCUCCAGGGGAGGAAGCCCUGAUGUUCAGGGUAAUUGGGAUCAGACUGCCCUCAAAUUACCAGUGGGAACAAAUGACACACAAAUGGCAGUACUUAAGCCAUUUGACAGUGUGGAUGAUACAUCUGUCAAACAAGUGGGUGGUGAUUCUGAAGAAAAUGCUGUGCGGUCCACUGCAUCACCACCAGUUCACAAUGAAAUGCUCGCAGGUAUUCCAUCUCAUUUGCGUAAUGUAAAUGAAAGUGAGCCUGCCAGUGGAGUGAACUUGAGCCACAAUUCUUAUAACAUGGAUAACCUCUACCCAAGCAACACAGAGGGUGUGGACAGCAUUACACAAUUGAAGAGACAGGCCCAACAAGAAGAUCUGGAAUUAAAUGUAGGUCGUGGUUAUAAUGGAGAUGAAAGUGAUGAAUUUGUAAACCUUGGCACUGAGGCAGUGGCCAUGUCCCAUAAAAAUAUAACACAUUUAGAGAAUCCUGCAGCUAGCCAUCAUAGUACUGGACCAAGCAGUGAGCAAUCAAGUGAGCAAUAUAUAUCCAGAAAUCCAAGUGAAGUCAGAAGUGAAGAGAGCGGCUUGGGAGCCAGCCUUGAUGCAAGUGCAAAGAGGAUAAAACCAGCAUUUGUUAAGCCAAAGUUAGCUGUAGUACCCCCAGCAAAUGUUAUUGAUCCCCAGAAGCAUGUAGUUGAACUUGCCCUGGAAAAUCCCCAGGAACAAUCUUGUGAAGCAUCACAAGUCAUGUCUCCUGGCAGCAGUGGUCUGGGAAGAAGUGUGUUAGGUGAGAGCGGCUCUCCUGGUCCAGAACACCCAGUGCAAUCUCAACUACCACCAUCUAAGUUGGCUGAGGGUAUGCCGUCGUUUUCUACAGAACCAGUUCAUCAAAAUGUACCAGUAAUGAAUCCAGUUCAGAAUUCCCAGAGGAAUGACACUCUUGAGAAAGAUACUCUUGAUAGUGAAGAUGGAUCAGAGUCAUCAGGAAGAGAUGCUAAUGCUAAGAAAAAAUGCAUUAUUCAGUGAAGAAAACCAUAAUAAUUGAGUUUGUUUGCAUUAAGUAGAAAUUGUACUUAUUGCCUUAAAUUUAUGUGGCAUUUUUUAAAAACUUUUUAGAAAAGCAAGUGUCAUUAAUACUCAUGCUGGUUCAGAAAAUUUACUGCCACUGCUAUGUGUGAAAUUGGAUUUGAGGGCACAUCAUACGCAACAGAUCCAGCAAUCAAUUCAGUUAUGCUUCUGCACUCCAGCUAAGAAUGUCAGCUCCAUAUUUCAGUAUUUUUCUGUAAAUGGAUCCAUAUAACAAUUGUACAGUUUGGCCAUAAGGUUUACUGCUGUGUCACAUUCAUCAAGGAUUGCCAAGGGUUUUUGCAGUCUUGUCAGUCAUUUUACACAUUUUAGUUGCUUUGCUUUUAUGUUCUAAGAAUAGGAAGCAGUAGGCUUAUUUAAGUCCCAUGACCUUGGUUUAUAUUGAUAAUAUGUCAAAAUUAUGGCAACAAUUGUUGUAUAUGCUCCUAGUAGCUUCAGUCAAUACAGUAAGCCCAAGCACAAUAAUUGACAUAUAUGUACCAGCAUACCAACAUAAAUGUUUGCCUUACAUUUCAUUUAUCUUUGUGUCAGAUGUUCUAUUGAAGUUUGUCAUUCAAUCAGAUGUAAACAAAUAUACAUUUGCUUUAUGGUUGUAAAAUAAAUGCAUGUA